UGUAGUAUGCUCUUCUUUGCCUCAUUCUACUCCUUCAUCAUCUGCUUCUUCUUCUACUACUACGUAGACACCACUGGCGGUGGUGCGUCGCAAGGGGGCGCUGCCUUCUUUGCCCGUGGGCCACUGUCGUGUCCCUUCCCACGAUGCUACCCUCACCUCUUACGGAAGAUUCCUAAGAAUGAGACAUUUCAGAAGCACAGACAGCAAAUGAUGGUGCCGAUAUCAGUACCAGAUCAUAAGCCAUUUGAACUCAGAUGUCGCACAUGCGCACUCGUCACCAGCUCUGGUCAGCUCUUGGGGAAAAAUGCAGGAAAGGACAUAGACGCUGCCGAGUGCGUCAUUCGCAUGAACGACGCCCCCACGCGGGCAUUUGAAGCAGAUGUUGGCUCACGAACCACGGUGCGUGUGGUCGGCCAUUCAAACUUCCGUCCCACCUUCCAGAACAAACCGUCCAACCAGAAAGUUCAUUUUAUGUACGAGAGGACGAAAUCGGACAAUGUGAUCAUAGCGUGGUUGUACAACACCAACGUGUACAAGAAUCCAGCCUAUAGGUUGAUUCUGAACUAUUCUCAGCUGUAUAAGAAUGUUAGCUUCUUCAUGCACACUCUAGCCAUGAUGAGAUACAACAAUGAAGUAUUCCAUAACGAGACUGGCAUCACCAGGACCCAAGCUAAGACGUGGUUGACCACUGGUUGGCACACAAUGCUAUUAGCAUUGGAUAUGUGCGAGGAUCUCACAGUAUACGGGAUGGUAUAUGGCGACUAUUGCUUAGAAAACCCAAAUGAUGCCACACCAUACCAUUACUAUGGCAACACGGGAAACAACACACGCACCGAGUGUGGCUACUACAUGAAGAGUGAAGAACGUCUGACCAGCGGUCAUCUGUUCGUCACGGAGAAAUUCAUCUUCGGUCGUUGGGCUCAGAAAUACAACAUAAAGUUCCUUCAUCCCGUCUGGAAAUCCAAGAUCUACAACCAGUCCAACCUUGACUCACCUUUUAUGAAACUCUAUCGCGAAAAGUACGGCCCAGUGCGACAGAACAGAACUAAGCAUGCAGACAAAACCGUACCUUCGGAUAAACUUAGCAGAGUUCAUAAUAAUAGCGGCGACGGUUCCUCAGGGGUCAAUACUAGGUCCCCAAAUCGAAAUGUCCCGGAUGAAGUGGAUAACAUUGAGGAUAAGGACUAUGCUUUUCUGAUGCUCGGAGGACGUGGCAAGUCUAAGGAAUAUCAUGAAACGGUUACUGGAAGUUGAUGAAAAGUGUGAUGGGGAGUCUGUGUCUAGUCGUAUCUUCCAUCACGAUGCAGCCAUUUUGGUUUUCUUCCAUAAAUCCAUUCAACCAAGCUGAGGCUGGAAGUGAUAGUCUGGUGCC